CAUACGAGAAAAGUGGGAAAGGAAGGACCGGCCCGGCUGGCGCGAGGCGAUGUGGCGACGGCGGAGCCGCUCUCGCUCAAGAUCCAGAGAGAGAGAGAGAGAGAGAGGGGAAGACUUCUGCGACAAGCUGGUCAAGAGGAAGGGGAAGAAGAGGCGGACGGAGGGUAGACAGGAGGCGACUACUCUGCGACGUUUCAGCCAAGGAAGGGAGCUUGGAGAGUCCGAGAGUUGGGGUUUCUUUCUGCAGAUUUCGUGGGGAUAGGGUUUGGUGGGGGAUACGGCUGGUCGAUCCAUUUCUGUGGAAGAAAGAAGGGGAAGAAGGGGAGGAGAAGCCAUGGCGGCCGUGGAGGGGGACGAGAGGGUGAUAGCCACGGCACAGCAGAUCGUGAAGAGCCUUGGGACGACGAAGAACGCGACGAAGGACAUUAUCAUGAUACUGUCUAGCUUCGACAACCGGCUGUCCACUAUGACUGACCUCCUCGCCAGCAGCGGCGCCGGCGAGAUGGAGGAGCGGCUGGACGCGGCCGAGGCCAAGGUCAUGCAGUGGGAUCUGAACUUGGAGACGGGACGUCAGUGCUUCCUCUGGGACGAUUUCCCCGACGAGGCGAGGGAUUUCUUAAGCGCCGUCGACGAGGUGAGUGGUUUGACGGAGAGCUUGGGGAAGCUGUCGCUUGCGAGCGAGGAGGAGCGCGACCUCCUCGACCGAGCGCAGUCCGUGCUCCAGGUGGCCAUGGACAGACUCGAGGACGAGUUCCGGCACGUUUUGAUCCGUAAAACUGUGCCGCUCGAUGCCGAUCGGCUCAGCGGAAGCACCUCCAUUCGACGGGAUGAUGAGGGCGGGUCCGAGUACUCUGGGGGAGGCGGCGACCACGACUGCGGCGGCAGCGAGGAGAUAGAUGCGGCCGAUCGGAGCGAGUACGCCUGUGACGAGGGGCCGCUGUCUUUAGAGUUGAUCAGGCCGGAAGCAAUUCCCGGUCUGAGGGAUAUCGCCCACCGGAUGGUCAAUUCAGGCUAUGCCGGCGAGUGCUGCCAGGUCUACAGCAGCAUCCGACGGGACGUUCUCGAGGAGUGCCUCUCUAUCCUCGGCGUCGACAAGCUCAGCAUCGACGACGUGCAGAAAAUGGAAUGGAACCCCCUUGACGGAAAAAUUCGGCGGUGGAUCCAGGCCAUGAAAAUCACUGUUGGCGACAUCUUUUCCGGUGAGCACCGCCUGUGCGAGCAGAUCUUUGGAGAGCUCGGCGGGGAUGUUCGGGAGGUUUGCUUCGUGGAGACGGCGAAGAGCGCGGUGCUGCAGCUUCUUAACUUCGGCGAGGCUGUCGCGAUUGGGCGCAGGUCGCCCGAGAAGUUAUCGCGGAUUCUGGACAUGUAUGACGCUCUCGCAGAGGCCCUUCCAGACCUACAGUUCCUAUUUUCCGGCGAGGCCGGGGAAGCGUUGGUCGAAGAGGCCAUGAGCUUGCUGGUGAGCCUAGGGGAUGCGGCCAAAGGGACGUUUGCGGAAUUCGAGAACGCGAUCCGGAGGGAGGCAUCGAGGACGCCUAUCCAGGGAGGGGCGAUACACCCGCUGGUACGGUACGUCAUGAAUUAUCUAAAAUUGCUGGUCGACUACAGCGACACUCUGAAUGUGUUGAUGGAGGAUGACACCAUCAACGUUCCAGAGGAGGACGAGGAGAUCAGGUACUUGGGGAGUAAUUCACCAAUGGCGAGGAGGCUGUUCUCGUUGACCUCUUUGUUGGAGGCUAACGUGGUCGAGAAAUCGAAACUUUACAAGGACAAGGCGAUGCAGUUUGUCUUCUUGAUGAACAAUCUACUGUACAUUGUGCAGAGAGUGAAGGAUUCGGAGCUCAGUGGGCUCCUUGGUGACCGCUGGGUGAAGAAACGCAGGGGACAGGUCCGGCAGUACGCCACUGGCUACCUCCGCGCAUCGUGGAAUAAGGUGUUGUUGUGUUUGAAAGAUGAAGGAAUCGGAAGUGGUUUAGGGGGCUCGUCUUCGGGUGGUGCUGUCUCUAAAGUUGCUCUGAAGGAGCGAUUCAAGAAUUUCAAUUUGGGGUUUGAAGAGAUUUACAGGAAUCAGACAGCUUGGAAUGUGCCUGAUCCGCAGCUCAGCGAGGAGCUCCGGAUUUCGAUCUCAGAGAAGGUUAUUCCAGCAUACCGAUCUUUUAUGGGGCGGUUUAGGAGUCACUUGGAGAGCUCGAGGCACGCAGAUAAAUAUAUAAAAUAUACACCAGAAGAUUUGGAGAACUAUCUGCUGGAUUUGUUCGAAGGGGUGCCUGCAACUUUGAGCCAUCCACGAAGGAAGAGUUCGUGAUGGAUAAGGAGCCAGUUGUCGUUAACUAGCAAAUCUUAUCCCUUUUGAGCUUUCGCGCUCAAGAUUACGAGGGGUAUGCUCGUUGAAUCCGCCCAAGGAUCUUCGUUUUUAUUAUUAUAGAUUGCGCACCCGAUGUGGUAACUCUUUUUACUGCUUGUCUUUAGGUUUGCACCGUUAAUUAUGACCUCAUGAUUUCUAGGUGCUUGUUGCUGUACGGUCUUAGGAGUGUACAUAUUUCACUAGUUCAUUCGGCUGUAUAUCCUAUGUCGGUCUUUUGGGUUUCAAUGAUCCGCGUGUUUUCACGUGGAACCUGAUGUGAACUUGACAACCCAUUUUUUGUGCCGCUAUGUAUAUUUGGUUAUUCAAUUAAGAUGCCUCAGUUCCUUCAUCGUAAGGAACAUGUGUCACCAA